UCAUAUUUUUUAUUUAUCACACAGUAAAAUGCCAGAGCGUGAGGAUGAUCAUCUCACUCCUGCUACACGCCUGUUGGAGAAGCGCCGAGAAAUGGCUGAGGUGGAACAAGCGCUGGCUGCACAGAAAGAGGAGUUUCAAAUGAAGAUGGAAAGUUUACAACAGAGAAGGGAAGAGCUGGAGAGGAAAGAGUACCAACUUAAAAAGUCACUGUUACAGUUUGAUAAAUUUUUAAAGGAUAAUGAUUCCAAGAAGGCAAGAGCGGUAAAGAAAGCCAAUGAUGAAAGAGAAAUGAAAAGACAGAAGGAAAAAGAAAUUGAAAAAUUAAAAGAAGAAACAGGUGAUUUGGGAAAGACAAAAGACAGGCUGCAGAGGAAAUUAGAAAAUUACUCCAUAUAUCAUAAAUAUAUGGAAAAGGCAUUAGAGAGAGGAGAAGAGUUCCAUGAGAUGAGAGAUGUUAUAGCAAGAUACGAUACACUUACUGCCACACAUGAGGAUCUUUUAAAAAGUGACCAAAAGAAUCAAGAAGUUAUUGAAAGACACAGGCAGCAGCUUAUGAAAUAUAUAGAGGAGAAAGACAAUGAGAUUCUGUCAUACAAUAACCAGUUGUCAAGUCUACAGACCCGACUUGAUGUAGCACAGAGCGAGGCUGUGAAAUGGGAAUCACAGUGGACACAUAUCAAAAAUACUGCCGCCAAAAAAACAUUAGAACUUGGUAGAAUCAAAAUGGCUACUCAUAACUUGUAUCAACUUGUAAAGCGUCACCAGAAACAAGCUGCACAGGCUGAGGAGACCCCUGAUCAGCUAAACCAGAUUCAGAUGUUUUUAGAAGAUCUUACAGACAUUGUACGAGACCUAAAGCGUCAGGACACUACGUUUACCUCCGUUGGCCCCACAUCCUCCAGCUAACAUGUCUUUUAGUCAAAACUGAAAAAAACCUCAACAAGAAAAUAUGAAAAAAUGUCAUUUUAUUGAAUAUAUAUUUUUUGUAGCAAAAAAUUAUGCUGAUAAAUUAUGAAAAAAUCAAAAUAUUCUUGUACUAUAGUUAUUACGUGAAAAAAAAGCAAUAUGAGACAAUGUUUCAAAUACAUUAUAUUAUAGAGAAUACUAUUAUGAAAAUUGUUCAAGUAAACACUUUUUAAGUAUGUGAGUCAAAAAAUAGUGACUUACCAUGUAGUGCUUUCUCAGAUCUGCAAGUUGCUUAUUUCAACCCACACUACAUAUCUACGCAUACUUUCUUUGUUAUAUCAAUGUGAUUUUGAACCUACAGUUUUUUGCCAACUUAAAGUUCACUAUGCGCCUUUUCCCAGUAGACCUACAUGUAUUUUCAACUUUUAUAAAAAUGGAAUGUGAUAUUUUUCAGGAAACUGUAAGCUGGUAGUACCUGUUACAUGUUACUGCAAAAUAACACAAUGCCUUAUAAGCUCACAAAUUUUUUUUAUCAAUUUUCCCUGUUGUUUAUCGUUUACAAUUUUAUCUAUGUGAUAAUUUAAAGCCAGCCAUUUGAAAAUUUGUUUUUUUGCAAUUAUGUGUUUAUUCUAAGAAAGCUGAUAUAACUAAAAUACUAUGUAGAUAGAGAAAUACAGUAUCUUUCUAAAUAUUUGAAUUUUAUAAAUACUGAUAAAAUAUAGAAUUUGCUGUAGAGUUGAUUAAUCCAUUUUUGUCUAUGGGAAAAAAUCAUUUUGUGAAGUUUUAAGUUGGCAUGUAACUGUAGAAGUUAUAACAGUGUGGAGGAGUGGACACACUUCAGAAUGAAAUAUUUAAUACUAUUAUCAUAUAGUUUUGAACAGUAAUGUUUAGCUUCUGCACCAAUGUAUAACAUACUUGGAGCCCAAAUGCAGUUUAUAUUCAACUUGGAAAUCAUGAUCUACUACUUUGAUAAUAAUCAAAAUAAAAGAGGGGAGAAAGUAUUAAGAAUAUGAUUUUAAAAGCUAUUUUCAUUCUGAAAAACUACCCGUAUUUCUACGUGGAUUUUUUUUUUUUUUGCUCAGUUUGAUGAAACCUUGCAUAUUUAAGGGACAAAACUGUCAUUUCUAUUAACUUCUCUUGGUAGAGGAAGCUUAGUUUCACCUUUUCUUCAACAUGAUUGGACAAUAAAAGUUUUGAAAUAAGCACAUAUAUAUUGGCAAUAAUGAAUAUACAUUGUAGUGUAUGAAAAAUUAAUUGAUAUGUGAAACAUUUUUACAAAUUUAUUGUAAGGGGAGACCACUGUGUAUAUUGUAAAUUUAUAUGUUGACUAUUUUUACACCAUUCACUUUACAGAUUCAGAUGUUUAUUCAGGAUUUGACCACAAUAACAAAUGAGAUCAAGAGGAUGGAGUUAACUGGAACAUCAAUCAUUCCACCUUCUUCGAGUUAAAAUGCAGUAUAAUCUACACUUAUUAUCUGGCACACCAUUCAAUAAGUGCUUUAUUACAUGACAUAAGAAAUGUUUCUUUCACAGGUUUUUUCCCCCAAGUUUUGACUUUCAGCUCGGCAGACAUGUGAAGUGUUGAUAUAGACCUGUCAUAAAGUACAAAUUAAGGGCUGGGGAUUUAUUGGAAUCA